GUUUAAAAGAAAUUCUUUCUGCUCAUGACUUCAUCAAGAACAGGUCAUCACAGACUAACUUGACUUCCUAUUUUUGACAAGGAUGUGACUAGUAGAUCAGAGGGAUGCUGUAGAUAUAGUUUACCCAAAACUCUCAUUUUCUUGUGGGCAAAAUGGAGAGAUGUGAAUUAUUACAAUAGUAUGUAGAGUGGGGCAUGGCAAUACCCUGCUAGUAUUCCUUACUGGUUUGAGGUCAUCUGGGAAGGAAGUUUCUAGUAGAGGGCCCCAGGGAUCUAUUUUUGGCUCUAGGUUGUUUAUUCUUCUUCUCCAUAACCUGGCUAAACACAAAAAUGGUGUAUAUAUCAAACUUUCAAAUGACCCAAAGGUGGAAAUGACAUAGUGAAAAUUUAAAAAGGUCUUAGCCGCCUAUAACAGUAGACCAACUCAAAAAAUAAGGAAUUUAAGAGAGCCAAGGGGCUUUGGUGUGGGCUAUUCCUGAGCUCCCUCCAACUGUCUACCAACUGUCAUUUCUAGAACUUUGUGGCUGAAGCUGCCAUUGAUUUCUCAUCUCCUGAACUCUUCUUAUUGGAACCAGGUUCUGUGGAUGCAGGAAAAAGCCAGCCACUUUUGUGAUUAAGGCAUGAGCUCCCCGUGGUUUCACUCAAUACUACUGAAUUCAGCUACUUUUCUAUUGGACUAAAUUGAAAGAAAAUUGUUUCUGGUUAUUUCUAGGCAAACACAAAUCCUUUAGAUUGUUAAUUGAGUGUUGUUUAUUGUUAUUUUGAGUGUAUAGCAUGCCUCCUAGCUUUUGCAAAAUAGAUGUUUUUGCUCCCCACAAAACUGAAAGGAAAAAAGACUACCUUGGGGCCUCAACCUAUGCUUGAGCAUAAUAAUAAAACCUGUUUUCUUUUAACCUAUAAUUUCUGCAUUGUAAAUAUGUAUCUGGCAAUAGUAACCCCACUACACAAAUUCAAAGAGGAGAUAUUUCCACCAUAACAGUAGGAGGGAUACAGAUUAUAAGGGACUUUAAAAAUAAACAGAGGAUUUUAUUUUUGAUAAGUAAAUUUGGUAGUAACAGGGAGGUACUGAAGCUUAUUGAAUGAGGGAGAGGGGAAAUGACCUGAGUCAGUAAAUAAACAUUUACUAAGAAUCUACUGUGUGCCAGGCACUGGGCUAAACUUUGUGGAUACCUGCCUUCAAGGAGCUUACAAUCUAAUGGAAGAGAUAACAAACACUUAAAGAGGUACAGAUAAGCUCUACUGAAGAUAGAUAGGAGAUAAGAGAAGAAAAGCACUACCAGAAUUAAGAGAAAUUCAGACGGGGUUCCUGUAUAAGGUGGGAUUUUAGUUGUGACUUAGAGGAAGCCCAGGACAUCAGUAGGUGAGGAUGAAACAGGCAUGGCAGACAGCCAGAGAGAAUGCCCAGAGCUGAAAGAUGGAGUAUCUUGUUCAUGGAACAAUCAAAAAGCCAGUUUCACUGGUUAGAAGAAUAUGUGAUGGGGGAGUAAGGUGUAAGAAGACUGGAGCGUUAUAAAGGACUUUGAAUGCCAAAAAGAACAUUUUGUAUUUGAUCCUGGAGGCUAAAGGAAGCCACUGGAGUUUUAUCUAGUAGGGAGGUGACAUGACCCUACCUGCAGGUUAGAAAAAUCACUUUGAUGUCUGAAUAAAGGAUGGAUCAAAGUGGGGAGAGCCUGGAGGCAGACAUACCUGACUGGCAGACUGUUGCAAUAAUGGAGGCAAAAGUGAUGAGAGCCUGCAUGAUGGUGGUAGCUUGCCAGAGGUGAGAAGGUGGUAUAAUUGAGAGAUGUUACAUGGGUGAGAUGGAUAGGCCUUGGCAAUAGCUUAGACAUGAGGGAAUGAGAGAGUGAGGAAUUCAGGAUGACUCUGGUUGUGAACCUAAGGAACUGGGAACACGGUGUUACCCUUUAUAGUCACAGGGAAGGUAGGAGAGGAGGUUUAGGGGGAAAGAUAACAUGAAUUUUGUUUUGGAUGUAUUAAAUUUAAGAUGUUUUCUGGACAUCCAUUGUGAGAUGUGUGAAAGGUAUUUGGGGGUACAAGAUUAGAGGACAACAGAGAGGUUAGGGUAGGAGAGGUAGAUCUGAAAAUCAUAGAUUUGAGGCUUGUGUUGCAACACAAGAGUCAACACUUAAAGAGUCUUCAUUAAAGAUCCAUUUUUUUUCUCUUUGUAUGAUUAUACUUGCUGGGUAGGUAGACUGAGUAAUGACUUGGCAAGUCACUUAAUUUCUUUUGGUUCAGAUUCCUUACCUAUAAAAUGGGGAUAAUAAUAGCAUCUACCUCCAUGGUUGUUAGGAUAAAAUGAGAGAAUAAUUAUCAAGCCCUUAGUACAGUUUGGCACAUAGUAAAUACUAUGUAAAUAUUAGCUAUUAUUAUUGUUACUUUGUCCUCACAUUCUAAAAGAGAUGGGUAAUUUUCUUCUUUUUUUAACCUUUACCUUCUGUGUUAGAAUUAAUACUGUGUAUUGAUUCUAAGGUACAAGAGUGGUAAAGGGCUGGGCAAUGGGGAUUAAAUGACUUACCCAGAGUCACAUAGCUAGGAAGUGUCUGAGGUCAGAUUUGAACCCAGGACUUCCUCUCUCUAGGCCUGGCUCUUUAUCCGUUGAGCCACCUACCUGCCCCCUGGGAAGUUUUCUUUUAUAUUUUCUUGAAAUACGUAUGAAGUCUAGGUCCUUUUUUGUUCUUGGCUCUCAGAUAGCUUAGGGAUUCUCAAAUUCUCUCUCCUUGAUUUGUUUUUCAGGUCAGUUGUUUUUCCCUAUGAGAUAUUUCAUAUAUUCUUUUAUUUUUCCAGACUUUUGACUUUGAUGUCUCAUGGAGUAAUUAACUUGCAGUUGACCAGUUGUAACUUUCAAGUAGUUAUUUACUUUAAUAAGGUUUUAUAUCUCUAUCACCAAGUCAUUAAUUCUCUUUUUAUAGCUUUCUGCAAUAGCUCUCAUCUAGUUUUAAAAAUCUUUUCUGCUCUUUAAAAACAAAACAAAACGCUUUACCUCUUCUGGGAAUUCUCAUUGGGCCUGGAUCUGGUAAACAUUUUUCUUCGAGUAUUUGCUUGUAGAUGUUUUCAAGUCAUUUUCUUAUUUUGUGUUUAUGUCUUGAACUUUCCUGGCACCAUCGUUGCUCUUUAUGAUCAGGUUCUUGUUUGUUUUUUCAUUCUCUUCCAGCUAGCUUUUUGACUUUGGACAUUAUGUUAGUGCUAAGAUCUGAUCAAAUUUGGGGAGGAUGUCCAGCCCUGUAUUCUGCCAGUUUACAUCCUUUCAUUCCAUCUAUACCUCAUUCUGAAGGCCUGCAAAUUUUCCAUGUUUCCAAAGUGGUGUGAUUUGAGGAUCUGUUCACUUGGUCUGAGCUAUGUGAGUUCCUGACCAGGUUUGGCUCAGUCGGCUUAUGCAUGGUUGAGUGUCAAUAGACUCUUACUGGACUCACUGUUGGCUUGGUAGAGGUUUUGCAGGAUCAUAGUGCUGACUUCCCUUUGGUCUGGACCUACUGUCCUGGUUAUUCCACAUAUAUAUAUAUGUACUGAGUCUGUGAUCUAGAGCUGGGUAAUGGGUGACAGCUGCUGGAUGAUACCUGUUCCUAUACCCAGUGCUAGAUCAAGGAUCCUUUGAGAUCUCUUUCUGCCAUGGUGCUUUGUCUCAGCCCUGCUCUUCUUUCUCUUCUUGGGCUCCAGGAUGCUCUCCACAGCUGCCUCCAUCUAUACCACUACAUAGUCCUCAUUGCCCCUUGUCCACAGACCUCUCUGUCAUUCUCCCUAAGCUGCCUUACACUGGAAAAAUGACUCACUUCAACUUUCUCCCAGCCUUCCUGAGCAGAAUUCAUACUACUGUAUUUUGUGGGUCUCUGUGGUGGGGGUAUGUCAGGCAAGUUAUGAAAUAUGCUUCCUCCACUCUGCCACCUUGACUCCUACCAGCAUGUUUUGGGUAGGCUAAGGAGCCCAUUUCAGAAUGAUUUUUUUAAAUGUAUAAAAUACAUAAGAUUAAAAAGGAAACCAAUUAUGUUGAAAUAGUUAUCAAAAUGUUAAAACAACAAAGUAAAUUCUUGAGCACCAAGUUAAGACCCCCUCCCCAUUUUAGAGAGUUUUCUGGAACACUGUGUUGUCCAGUCACACAACCAUUGUCCUCCUGGCACUAAUAUCAGGACAUUCUCUAUUCUAUCACCCUGGUUCUCUGUGUUCUAGAGCCAGGUAGCCUUGGUAGAGAAAGUUCCUCCCAGAGAUGCCAUUCUUAAUAAGUUUUCUAAUUAAAUCACAAGUCUGGCUAAAAAAAAAAUUCCUUAGGUUUUUUUAUGCUCAUCUACAAACAUAAAUUGAUAAUGACUGGAGGGUCCUCAAUGAAGAUCACACUCAUGAGAUUACAGAUACAUCCAAUUAUCUAAGUGAAUGGCGUACCAACCUCCUCAUUAUGUGGUCCAGGUAUCAGACAGCGCUGAUGAAUUAAAAACAAAUGCGGACAUCAUUAAUCCAUUUGAUGACGUGACCAUCCGUAGAGCUUUCAUCGGAAAAGUAUACUCCAUCUUGACAUUUCAGUUGGUGACAACUUUGGGAUUAAUCUUCUUGUUUGUUUUCUGCACACCUCUAAAAACUUGGGUGCUCCUGAAUUCCUGGUUCACUAUUGCUCUCUUCCCUUCACUUCUUAUCCUAAUCCUUAUGCUGGCUUGCUGUGAAGGUCCCCGUCGUAAAGUGCCACAUAAUUUCUUUUUACUGUUCCUUUUUACUCUUGUGCAAGGGACGCUUCUGGGAGCCGUAUCUGUUUACUAUCAUGCCAACGAAGUGAUGUGGUCAAUAGGAGGAACAGCCCUGGUGACUUUGGUUUUCACCUUGUUUGCGUUUCAGACAAAAAUUGAUUUUACCUACUUCUCUCCAUCUGGCUUGUCUUGCUUACUCUUGUUAAUGAUCUAUGGCCUGAUUUGUUUGUUCCUGCGUUCAUAUUGGCUAAAUUUAAUAUAUGCCUCACUUGGAACGCUGUUAUUUUCAGUGUACCUGGUGGUGAACACACAUUUAAUGCUGGGGAGGAGCCGGCAGUAUUCCUUGAAUCCUGAAGAAUACGUCUUUGCUGCUCUGAAUCUCUACUUGGACAUCGUCAAUAUUUUCAUUUUUUUCCUCCACUUAAUUGCCUCGUUAACGUGGCCCCAUCCUUCGCGGUGAAGAGAGGAGCCUCGCUGGGUCGGAAAGGCGUGGUGUGCCCGGCCUGCCAGCCCCAGUCGGUGCCUCCCCCCCUUUCCUAAGGUCUCCCCUUAGUUGAGAUUUUGGCAAACGAAGGAACCCAGCCGCGAAGAGGAUGCAGCGAAGCUAUUUUUCCUUUCCCGGUCAGGUGACCCAACAUUCUUGGGUAACAAGAAUGGGCUGCUCUUUGGAAUUAUUUUGUUAAUCACAGAUGUGUGCCGUCUUCACUCCACACACGCUCUUAAGAGGGAAAUGUUAGUGUCGGCGCACCGCGAUCCUGGCUGAGAGCGCUUUUCAGAAGGCCCCACAAGGAAGCGGUUACAAAAAUGCCUUUAGAAGGUGAUCACUUCCCAGUUACUCCUCAGAGGCGCCCCGGAGGCCGCUUGGUUCUUUCUGUAGGUUCUGACAGCGGCUGUAAAGAACUGCUGAAUAAUAAAGUCAUUCCCCAAACCUUCA